CUUCAUUAUUUUGCGUUUUAUAUUAUUGUGAAAACCAUGCCACGACGGUUGCAGGCUGGCACGUCGUUCCGCCUGCGCCUGGGUGACACCACCUCGCAGCCCAGCUACAACUCGGUUGAACCAUACAUGGAAAUAGCCGACGACAAGAAUCCGGUCUGCGCGUAUUUCGAAAUAGUGACACUGCGAAGCCUGCUUCUGGAGCACGUCAGCGUCGUGCUGUCCUCGACACAGCUGCACUCGCCUGACGUGCAAAUCAACCUCAUAGCCCCGCUGUGGCAAGCCAUCCGGGACAGAUGCGGAGUAUGGCGUCGCGGCGACAUGCGGCAUACGCAGGAAGCCAUCACCUCAGAGACCCUCAGCGGACCUUUGGUCAGCGCCGCCAUGCUGUACGCGGCAUUGGCCAACCGCGACUACUUUCUGGUACUGGCCAGCGCCGGACAGUCGCAGGCCGAGCAGCACCAGAGCCGCGCGGAGGUGGCAGAGACCAUCGCCAUCAUGUGUGUCAAGGCGCUGCACAAGCUGGGCAAGCGGGAUCUGGAAAACGCCCUGUGCACCAAGUUCUCGCCGAUCGACCUGGACAGCAUGCGCCUGGAGAUGGCCAAUGCAAUGCACAACUCGAAUGCCACCGUCAGCGAAUGGCAGCUGCCGAAUCCUGUGCGCGGCGAGCAGCACAUGUCGCUGAUGUCAGCUGAGCACCGUGUGCGGGUUUACCGGCUGGGCAGGGCCGGUGACGUCGUUGAUGACAGUGGCUCCCAUACGCCCACGCAGAGAACCUGGGGCUCGGGUAUCAUGGGCGGCUGGUCGACUCCUGCCACGGAGCUCGCGCAGAUCUACUUGGGGAGCAGGUCGCGGCUGGUGGUGGAGCGGGCACUGGAAGUGGCUAUUCGCAGCGAAGCCAAAAGGUUCACUGCACAAAAGGUCGUUGGCGAUGUCGUCCAGCUGCUGUGGGACGGCACAUUGCACUGGAAGGGGUACCAGUGUGUCUGUAUAGCGCAGCCAUCAGCGAACACCCCAGCUGAGCCUGGCCCACCCCCGCGCAGACUGUCCGAUGCAGUCUUGACGAUUGCGCGCAGGGACAGCAGCAGGAGCAAUGCGUCGGUGGGUCUGGCCGACGAUAUCCACGAUAUGCUGGACCCACUGCUACCUCAGGUCUCCCGGCCACCACACAGAACAUGGCAGGCUAGGCUGGAAAAGCAGCUGGCGUCGAUACUGAGCCCGCUGCGGAUCCCCAUGUUUGAAAACAUCCUGACCAUGGUUCACGCGUUUUUCUUUUUGGUGCUGUACUCGACCGUAUCAAUGCGCCGCCAGCCCGCCCUGAGCGCCGAAGAGCUGGUCCUGCACAUCUGCGUGCUCGCCUAUAUUGCCGACGAAAUCCGCCAGUGCAUGGAGAACGGCAUUGUGGUGUACAUCAAGAGCGUGUGGAAUGUUCUUGACAUCACGAUUUACUCGAUUUUUUCUGCCUUCUUUAUCCUGCGCAUCCGCAGCUGGUACACGGGCUCCGAUGACGACCUCGACAAGGCAUAUGAUGUCCUGGCAUUGAACGCCGCCAUGAUGUGGCCACGCCUGUUUGCUGUGCUCGACCAGUUUGAGUUCUGCGGCACCAUCAUUAUCCAGGUGCGCCGGAUUAUCGCUGGCACCAGUCUGUUUUUCGCCCUGCUCCUAGUCUUCAUCAUCGGCUUCUUCCAGACCUUCUAUGCGCUGGGCAGCCGCCACAACAAGCUGGCAGCCUCCGAGAUCUCGGGUCUGAUGGCGCGGAUCUUCUUUGGCUCUGCAGUCAUUGGCUGGGACCGAUACGACCUUUGCAUGGUUGAGAUCACCGAGAACUCGUCCCAGGAGUUCCGGUUCCUGUACACCAUGCGCGUCACCGAAUACGUCAGCGCCAAGCAGACGUACCCGUGUGUGCCUCCCCUCAAUCUUUUGCAGAUUGGCGUCUUCUGGCCGCUGCGCAAGACAGCCAUCUCCACACGCACUUUUGCGCUGCUUCGCUCCACCACCCUGCUUAUUGCCUACGCCCCACACCUGGUCCUCUACUGCCUCUACAAAACCGUCGGCCGCUGGUGGCGCGCAAAGUCUGGCAUGCACCGCAAAGCCCUGCGUGCCGAGUGCUUCCUGGCCGAGCGCGAACUGGCCCUUAUUAAAAUCGACAACGACGAUUCCGCCACCAAUACCCGGAAAUUAUCGGGUGCAGUAAAGCAGGAUAGGCGCCGUGCUGUCUCGCCGUCGAACCCAGCGUCUCCCAAGAGCCUCGGGAAGCUGUCGGAUGAGCGGCAUGGCAGGGGCUGGGCAAGCUUCUUGAGCGCUUGGAGCUCGCAGAGGAAGGAGCGGUCCGCCGCCACGGCUGAUACCGAACGCAGGCUGGCGGAGCUGGAUGCGCGUAUGGCGGAUAUAAACAGCCAGCUCGCCACAAUCACACGUCUGCUAAAGCCCGUGAUUCAGGACGAUUGAGGAUCAAUCGCACUUUCUGCCAACAUAUGGCUUUGCCAUUAUGAUUAGCGCCAAUGCCCAUCGCCGCGCCCCUUCGGAGCCCGCUGCCGGUACUUCUUUUCGCUGGAUAGGUGGGGCGCAGUAGGCAAUACAUGGAGCAUUAUCUAGGAGCAACUGCAUCACAAUAAUGGGCGGUAAAGUAGGAAUAGACAAGGACGCAGUGGUUUUUUCUGAUACCUGUUGCCCGAAUAGCACUGCAGAGCAGAUCAGCAAUAAAAAUUGCAUACCUGCGACCCGCUGCACAUGACGCAGCAUGCAAUGCUCUAGUGGCUCUCUCGCUGCUUUGUCCUGGUGUUCGCCGG